CUCAAGGCUCCGCACUGUAAGUCUAAUUUUACAUGUAGAAAUGUUAACUUGAAAAUCAGUGUGGACAGAUAUUAUUCACAUGACAGUCUCAUUUUAUUAUGAAGCAAAAAUCCAAAUCCUCUUGUAAAAUGAGCCCGUUGUCUUCUCUCUGUACAUAAGGAAGUGGAGAUUAAUGUUCCGAAUGGUGCAUCUUGAGAAUCCAAAAUUCCAGUUGAUACUGCUUAUGAUAACUGUUGCAACGUAAUCCUAUUUCCAUAAUUCCACUGCUGUACAGUAAUUACAGUGCAAUCCAUAUUGAGCCCAGAGUACCGUAAACUAUCCUACGAGGUCCUGUGAUCAAACUAUUGAACCCGCUUCUUCCUGUAAACAGAUGAAGCUGCUUGCGGUGUGCGUUUUGGCAGGUGUGGCGCUGUUGGCCGCUGCCGAGGAAGAGAAUGCAGAUAAGGCUUCCUACAACCCAGUCAACCAGAAGUUUUUCGUGGGCAUUUUAAGAACAGAAAUGAUCAGCACAGCCACCACCACCACCAUCGGCGUCGCUGCCACUACUUGCUACAAUGCCAUCGGAUCUACCACUUGCUCCGGAAGGAAGAGGAGAGCUCUGCCCAAACUCGAGCAGAUCGAUGACAGCACUGCCGGUGACAACCUCCACGCCUCCCUGAACGCGGCCGCCGACGCCGAGGUCGCCAAGAACACCGCCCAGGAAGGCCCAGGCCGCCUUGUCGUGUGGAGGACGACCACAGUCACCCUAACUUACACGUCGUCCUCCACCGUGUCCGGCACCAAGCUCUCCCUCUCGUACGCCUGUACAGCGUCGGGCAUGAACCUUCCACCCAGCUGUUAACCCAUCCUUUUUCCUAUUCUCCUCGAUACCUUGUCCCUUGGCUUCGUAAAGAUGGCUUUUUUUUGUGUAACUAUUGCUCUAUAAGCUUUUUCAUUACCAUCCCAGGUGAUGAAAUAUUUUUCUCUUAUUUAUUUUAGUUGUGUAUUGUAUUGUUUAUACAGCUAUACUUGUAA